AUGGCUACAGCUGCUAAAAAAGCUGCUGCUGCAGCUGCACAAGCACAGCAAUUGCAGAGGAGAUCCUCAACCUCAAUGGAGCAUAGCUCAUCAUUAUUAGAAGAAAUACGUAAAAUAAAUGCAAAAAUGGAAAGUAUGCAGACGAAUCUACAACAGGAAAUAAAAAGUCUGAGGACAGAUUUAAAACAAGACUUUAAAUCAGAAGUUAAGAAAAUCUCUCAGUCUUUGGAGGAAGUUAAAAAGGAUGUCAACCAAGCUAAAUCAAAGAUUAAAGACUUAGAAGUCAAAUCUAAAAAAUUGGAGGAAGCUACAACUAAGCUGGAUUUGCAACACGAGAGAGAUUUGGACCAAAAAGCUCUGGAAGAUCAAAAGCAUAGAGAAAACUGUCUAAAAAUCCGCGGACUGAAAGAACUUAAAAACGAAGAUUUAUAUGAUUAUGUUGUAACUACUUUAGCAGACUACAUGGAAAUCCCAAAAAUGGAAUAUCUUUGUGAAAUCAAUAAAACAUUUAGAGUGAACUCCACAUUCGCGAGGGAGCAAAAUAUAUCCAGGGACACGGUAGUUUAUUUUGUGAGGAAAAAAGCUCGGGAUGAUGUGUUAUUUCAAAGCUAUCAAAAAGAUUUGAUUAUUGAAGGUAAACAAGUCAAAAUCUAUAAAGAUGUGCCCAAAAGAAUUUUGAGGAAACGGGAAGAUUAUAAAUUCUUAACAACACAAUUGAGUAAAAAGAAGAUAUUUUAUAAGUGGGAAAAAUUAGAAGGACUUUCAGUAAACUUUAAGCAAAAAUGGUAUAAACUUAAUACAAUCCAAAAAGCUAAAGAUUUUUGGAAGAAAAAUGGGCAAGAAAUUCAGAAUACCUUUGUGAGACGAAAUAAAACAUAUCCACAGAACUCUACAAUCAAAGGCACAGUGCAAACUAGAAGCCAAAAAAAGAAGGAGGAGGCACAAGCCCAAACACAAGCAGAAAGGAAAGAUUCUUUGAAUAGAGAUGAGGAAGACGAAGACCUGGAUGAAAAUCAAGAGGAGGAGGGAGAGUUAGGAAGCGAUAGAAGAUCAUCCCUAGAUUCAACCGGAAAAGUAGAAGAAGGAGAGAAAGAAGAAGAAGAAGAAGAAGAAGAAGAAGAAGAAGAAGAAGAAGGAGAAGGAGAGGAGGAGAUUGACGAUAUAUAAUGGAAAGGCAAAACCUUCGGGAGUGGAACCCUUGCACCAAAUCCAAGGAAAGUAACAAAUUGGUGAAGAAGAAAAAUAUAGAAGAGAGAUAACAGUGC